AUGGCGAAAUCCAAGCGCGCCCGCACUCCAUUGGCAGAAGAAGCCGAUGGCGCUGAGCAAGUCAUUGCCUCCCAACUGAAGAAAAAGAAGCCGGAACCUACCAAAUCGGAGUCUAGCAAGCCUCCGUCUCCUCCCUCCGACUACGAGACUGGAUCCGAAACCGACUCCGGCUCCGAGUCCGACGGGGCCGGACAAGUGCAAGCAGCCAACGCCAAGCGCGAUGCUGCCGCCAAGGAGCCCGUCCUGACCAGGUCCAAGGCGUCAGCUACUCCGGCGACGGCUGCGGAGAAGACAAAAGAGGUGGCUGAGAGUGAGAAUGAGGCUGAGAAGGAGGAGAAGCCGAAGGUGACGCCGUUCCAGAGAGUCUUUACCGAAAAAGACGAGCUGCUUUUGCUCAGAGCCUUGCAGGAGAAAGAUGCCUGGGUUGAGAUGGAUGCAUUUUAUGAGUUGGUUAAGGAUCGUCUGAGCGUGAGAGUCACAAAGUCACAACUUCAAGAAAAAUUGAAGCGAAUGAAGAAGAAGUUCAAACGGAUGGCCAAGGACGGUUUCAAGCCCAAACAAGGCCAUGAGUUGGAAGCCGAGCUGAUGAAGAAAGUCUGGGGUGGUGGUGCUGGACAUGUGAAAGCUGGAAAGGCGGAGGGUGAGGUUUCGGGGGCAUCACUUGAUGUGUUGUCUGGAAUGGUAGGAGGAUUUGAGGGUUUUAAAGAGCUUGGUUUUUCAGAAGCUUUUCUGAAAAAAGGGAUGGAUUUGGUUGAUGAAGCAAAACGUGAAGAGCUGAAGGCUAGGUGGUUUAAGCUUGAAGUUGCUGCUGUGGAGCUUUUUUCUGUCAAGGCUGAGCUCUUGAGAGACCAAGCCAAGUCGAUCUUGGAGGCCCUUAAGCAAUCUGACAAUUAG